AUGUUUCAAUAUGAGGACCUCGUGUGGCUCAUCAGCUUCCCGCUGGUGUGCGCCAUCAUGCUGUGGUUCUCGCUCGAUCUAACCGUGCUGGUGCGAGUCGGCGGAGGCCGGCGAAGACGUGCCAACGCGCGUCGCGCGAUCGAAAGGCUUAUCAUGAGCAGUCCAGUCUUGACGACUGCGUCGGUGGUACAGUCACCGUCGCCCGUCUCUACCCCCAACACCGAUCACCCCUCUCGGCGACGUAGCAGCAGCACCUCGCCAGAGCACGCGUGCAUGGGCGGGUUCGGUAGCAGCAGCGGCAACGAGGAGGAGCAUAGGGUGAAGCACCGUGAGGCAUCGGCAGGAGCUGCCAGCACCCCAACAGCAGGAACACUCCCAUGCCAUCAACAGCGUGUACGGCAGGUGGUUGUCCCCGCGGCGAUCCGCAUUUCCACACGGGCUGUGGUGCGCCGUGCCGUUGUUCUCGUUGGCGGUGACUUUGCGCGAUCACCGCGGAUGCAGUACCACGCGGCAAGUCUGGCGCGCAGCGGUCUCUUCGACGAGGUGCUGCUGGUCGGGCUUGAUUACGGAAAUCAGCUUAGCGAGGAUCUUCUCAUGAGUGGGGAGCCGCAACCGGAGCGCUUCGUCAGCUGGGAUGACCCGGCAACGCCGAAAGGGAUGGAGCACGCGGUGUUCGACGUGCAAGCUCAGCUCGACUCGCCAGAGCCUCGGCCAGGGUGUGGCUGCAUAGUGUCAACGCAGUACUUGAUCGCACCCCCGUCGCCUCCUGAGUGGCUCCAGGCGGUGUUCCCCUUGGUCCACUUGCACUGGGUUGUCUGCACACUCUACCGCGUCGUGAUGCUCGCCGGUCUCUUUUUCUUUCAAACCAUGUGCGCCACUGCCACCCGCAUCAAUGAGCAUGGACAGCUCCUAGUCACGGACCUCAUCCUCAUCCAGACGCCGCCGGCGAUCCCCUUCGUCCUCCUCGUGAAGUAUCUCGUGUGCCCCUUGGCGUUUGUGUACAACAUGCUUCUCUACUACGGCGUGGUGGUGCCGGCCGCCUGGAUGAACCCCAGUGCGAUGCGGGACGUACGGCAGCAAUGUCAGUUGCAGUCUCUACGCUUUGCCGGUGCGACGGAGCGCUCAGCCGACGGUCGACGCCGCUCCUUAGCGAUCCUGCGCGGACUCGCACAUGCAUCUCUCUCGGGGAGGCGCAGCUGGGUUUUCUACCCCGCCAUCGUGGUCGACUGGCACAACUUUGGCCACACAAUCCUAGCGCAGAGCCAGCGGCCCACCGCGGCGGUACAAAUGUACAAACUGCUUGAGAUGCACAUGUGCGCCGGCCAUGUCAACGUGACAGUGAGUCAGGCGAUGCGCCGCGCUCUGGAGCAAGCCUACCCGUGGCUGCGGUGUGAGUCUGCCAUCGCAACGGCGGCAUCUGUGCAGCCCCACUGCAGCGCUUCGGCAGCUGCCUCUGCGAGCUUGCAGGCUGAGGGAGCGCUGUCAGUAACAGUGGUGUCGCCGAGUGCAGUGACAGUGCUGUACGACGUGGCGCCCUCCUUUUUCCGUCCUGUGCAGCGCAGCCGGUGUGUGAGGGAUGUCUUGGAGCGCCUGCUGCUGCGGCACCACGCCGUCAACCCGUCCCCUCUCCCUCUCGCAUCCCCCUUUCCUCUCGUGAAAGGCGCCGGCAACGGCGCUGCGUACGCCCUCGUCAGCAAGGCAGACCUAGAAGAGAUGGGGUGGGGCAUCGCGGGGCCACCAGCGUGGGUAUACGCGGACGCCGCGGCAGAGUCGGUAGCCGUCUCGGCCCUUGCCACCUCGGCAGCCGCGCCAGCGACGAUGGCGGCGAUGUCGCGGCGAGGCAUCAUGGUUGUCGGGUCGACGAGUUGGACGGAGGACGACGACUACUCGAUGCUCAUUCAAGCCCUCCAGCGGCUGGACCACCGCCUUCGGCACGAAGUCAGCUACGGCAGUAGCAACGGCGACAGUAGCCUUAGCGCCAGCAGCGGACCUGCGGACCUCUGGGUGCUGAUCACCGGAAAAGGAAAUGCCCGGCAGCGUUUCGAAGAUGCCGUGCGCGUCGCCAAGCUGUCGUCGCACGUGGUGGUGAGCACGUACUACGCGCAGUCCUAUCACGAGUACAGCCUUCUGCUCGGCGCCGCCGACGUCGGCCUCUGCCUGCACUUUUCCUCCAGUGGGCUGGACUUGCCCAUGAAGGGAGUGGACAUGGUGGGUGCAGGGUUGCCAAUCAUGGUCAUGCAGUACCCUGCCAUUGGCGAGCUCAUUGGCGGUGUGACACGGGUGCUGGCGACACAGGCGAUGCGGCCGCGCAACGGUGCGGCAGAUGCUCAGAGAUCCCCACGGGUUAGCGGCGGCUACGCGAAGGCAGUGCAGCCGACCCUGCAAGAGUGCGAGCGAGGCUGGUCAUUUUGCAACGACGCCGAUCUCGAGUUCUUGCUAUCCAGCUUUAUCGGCCUGCCGUCCACCAGCGAGAGCGUCAGCGACGGCGCCAGUGGUCUGUCGCGGUCGCCGCCGACGCCCCUGUCGGUGAUGAAGCGGCGAGCCUGCGAAGCGCGACGGCGCGCGCACACAUGGGAGAAGAACUGGCGGCGAGUACUCCUGCCAGUGCUGAAAGAAGUCGUAUAG